GAUGGAGAUGCUCCAGAGGCUGCUGCUGUGGCUGCUGCUGAGUACAGGUGGGGCACAGGCAUCCAGGGAGCCACUGCGGCCACUGUGCCGCCCCAUCAAUGCCACCCUGGCUGCCGAGAAGGAGGCCUGCCCCGUGUGCAUCACCGUCAACACCACCAUCUGUGCCGGCUACUGCCCCACCAUGAUGCGGGUGCUGCAGGUGGCCCUGCCGGCCCUGCCCCAGGUGGUAUGCACCUACCGCGAGGUGCGCUUCGAGUCCAUCCAGCUCCCUGGAUGCCUGCCCGGCGUGGACCCCGUGGUCUCCUUUCCUGUGGCUCUCAGCUGUCGCUGUGGACCCUGCCGCCGCAGCACCUCUGACUGCGGGGGUCCCAAGGACCACCCUUUGACUUGUGACCACCCCCAACUCCCAGGCCUCCUCUUCCUCUAAAGACCCUCCCCCCAGCCUUCCAAGUCCAUCCCGACUCCUGGAGCCAGCAGGCACCCCGUUCCUCCCGCAAUAAAGGCUUCUCAGUGCGCA